GAGUUUUGUGGCUGUGAAGAACUCAACUUCCGGUUUUUCCCAACGCGCUCACGCGCCACCGGAACUACCGGGGUUUAACCGACCAACACACGGUCGUGUCUCCUAUUGCUCAACUCAACAUCUCUGGAAACUGGACUGCGAGUUCACUUAAUUUGAGUCUUUUUACCAGCAAAGAAACAGAGCAGCUCGGCACGUCGAGAUGUCGUUGUCUAUAGUUCAAGUUAAAAGAAAAACGGAACCCGUGAGCAAACCCGUGGAGGAGAAAUGCGCAAAGGAGUACUUCUUCACGGAACUGGACACCACUGCUACAUGUCUCAUCUGCAAGCAGAAGGUUUUAUUCAAGGAGUUCAAUAUGAAGAGGCACUACGACGCAAAACACGCUGAAAAGUAUAACCCAUACCAGGGCCAGAAGAGGAAGAUGAUGUACGAUCAACUUCAGAGAGAGUUCAACGGCCUUUCACCGCCGGCUUCCAGCCUAAAAAGAGAGGAUGAAUUCAAACGCUGUUCUGCAGACAUGCCGAGUCUGAAGCUGAUAUCUGCGACCGACACACAGUACUCAGCAGCUGUGCUGAAGAACAUGAAUGAGCAGCGGAGCCACGGAUUAUUUUGCGAUAUCACCAUCAUUAUACAGGACAGGAAAUUCAGAGCUCACAAAACUAUCCUGUCUGCCUCGAGUACGUAUUUCCACCAGCUGUUUACCGUGGCUGGGCAAGUGAUCGAACUGAACUUCAUCAGGCCUGAGAUCUUUGAGCAGAUUCUCAAUUAUAUUUACAGCUCUAAGAUUGUCAGAGUCCGCUCUGACAUGCUCGAAGAGCUCAUCAAUGCCGGGCAGAUACUGGGAGUGAAGUUCAUUGCAAACUUGGGUUCACCAUUAUCACAAGUUAAGGGUCUUCCUGGUUUGUCGAAGGAGGCGGAAAGCAAAAGUGACUCAUCUACAGAGAUGAUGCCGAUCAUAACAGAGUCCUUCUCAAUAUCUGCGGAGGAGUUCAAUCAGGUAAACAAGCCUGCAGAUAACGAGGAGGACUCGGACAGCGACGUUCUGUUUGUCUCGAAAACAGAUAGUCAAAACAAAGCGGUUGGCUGUAGUGAGGUCAUUGAUUUGGAGAAAACGGAUUCAGAAAAUGUGCCGUCAAGCCAAAAUGUAGAAUCAAAUCAUGCAGCUUCAGAAUGCGUAGACAAAGCUACCAGCCCCUCGAAACCCUUUGCUUCAAAUCCUCCCAGCAUCAGCUGUCCUAAACCGAUUUUAAUAGACAGCAGCCCUCUACAGAGCCCAGACAGCAGCUCCAACAACUCGUCUUCCCCUGCCAGAGUUUACUCAGGAAGUGCUCCUACAACACCAGCCAGAACAAGCAGUUUGACCCCAGAGCCAUCGAGUGCCUCUCAGCCCUCUGAAAACAGCGACAUAAUGGGAGUCCACAAGAAGCAAGUGUCUACUUCAUCUCAGCAGGGGGACUUCAAAAUAAGACUCUCUGAUUUAUCAGAAAGUUCGACACUUCAAACAAAUGUUCCUAAAUCUGCUAUAACGGGUAAAAAGACAGUGACACUCAGCACAGCCACGGAAAUCGACUCUAUUUCAUCAGGCUGCAAGGUGUAUGCCAAUAUUGGAGAAAAUACAUAUGACAUUGUCCCGGUGAAAGAAGAUCCAGGCGAAGGAGGCUCCAAAGCCAAUAAAGGGAAGAGAGCUUUUAUGGCGACACCAUUGAAACCCUUUGAAAAAACACCCGUGUCACCCAAGGCAGGACCAAACAAGAAGAGGACCAAAACGGAGCUGGAGGAUCACUACGAGCUCAUCAUGGAUGGAAAGACUUUUUACGUUUGCAUUGUCUGUAAGCGGCCCUACGUGUGUUUGCCCAGUCUGCGCCGUCACUUCAACACCCAUUCGUGGGAAAAGAAGUACCCGUGUCGUUAUUGCAACAAGGUGUUUGCCCUGGCCGAGUACAGAACUAAACAUGAAAUCCACCACACAGGAGAGAGGAGGUACCAGUGCUUGUUGUGCAAUGAAAUGUUUAUAAACUACCAGUUACUCUCCGCUCACUGCAAGCAAGUCCACAAUCAGGAUCCUUGCGGGAGGAAGGAGAAAGACGACGGCGGCAACAACUUGUACCGCCUGCUUCCGUGUAAAACAGUGCAGAUGAAGUCGUACUCGUGGACUACAGAUGGGCCAGGGGUCCCAGUAAUAUCGGAGGACGGCAGCGUGCAUCACAUAACCUCAGUCGGCGAAGCAAUGCACUCGUCCACCCAAAGCAGGAUGUUGAACUGGGACGACAUUUUCGUUGAGCCCGACGCUCACAUGGCGCCUAACAGCCGCGCACAACCGGAGACAACUAUGAACACGCCUCCACAGGGUCCAGCAGAGUACUACUAAGCACAGCUGGCACCACUCCUUCUAUUAUAUGUGCCUUUUAGGUGCCCCUCUUUCUCCUCUGUUCCACAUCAACAAUAUUUUUACGCAAUUCUUAAUAGUUUCAGCUGUACGGUGCGGUCUCAUUAGUCUGUCAUUUGAAAUUAGUGGACUAAUACUGUAGUGAUAACACAGGCACUAGUUUGCUGGUGGCUCUCAGUUAUAUGGUGAACGAUGUAAUGGGACCGUACCUCUCAUGUUCCUCUGCUUUUUUUAAAAAAAUGGCCAUGAUCUUUUACAUUAAGUGAGCACAGAAAUGGAAGUGGUUCAAACAUGAUAGAAAUGAAGAGGUUUUAUGAAUGAAAAGGCAAAAAAAAAAAAGUAAAUUUAAAAAAAAAAAAAAAAUCACAAUAUGAGGUCACUGCUAUUCUUGGUUCAAACCUGUGCUGAUGCUCUGUAUCUGUAUUGCCCAGAAUAUUUCCGCUAAAUGAGCUGAAGCACAAAUGAAACGUCUGUUUUUGUUUUUUAGUUUUAUUUUUUUUAACAGGCUGCAUUCCCUUAAUCAUGAAAUGACGUUAAACGGAGGCCUGUUUAAUGAAAUGGAAAUGGGGUUACCUUUUUAAAGUGAUGUAUGAAGCCUUAUUGUGUGUAUGUACAGCCAGUUUUGGUUACAUUACACAUGAAAUGAUGAAUUUUCAGGACCGAUCAUUCCCGUUUCUAUUUUAAAUCUAAUUCUGUACGAGAGAAUGUUGAUUAUGAAUUUAAUUAUAUUUGUAUUUUGUCAUCCUGGGUAUGCAGUUAUUUAAUUUUUGUAGCACCCUGGAAAAGAAAGUUUCUGUCUGUUAAAGGGGACCUGUUAAGAUUUUUGAAAAUAUACGGUUACAGCAGGGGAUGCUCAUAUUAAACAGGGUCGGUAUGUAAUCUAAGGAUCUCAUUCACUCCAGUGGGUCUGUGUCUCACAAGUGGGCCUCUCCCCAGUCUCAACAUAGGAGGAGCUUAAUCAGCUUGUUUCAGACUAAGGCCCAGUAUAAGAUAUGCGAGUAUAUAAAUAAGGAUUAUUUUGUAUCGGGAGUCAUGCAAAGCCGCUGUAGCGUGGAGCUGGAAAUGAGCUUAAUAGUUCCUCUUUAAAUACAUUGUUUAUUUUUAAUUGUAUUUCUGUCGUUACUUUGUCACUUCCCUUUAUUUAAAAUUGCAAAAUCUGCCCGGCUUCAUAUAGAAAGCUAGAGAUUUCUCCUACACGUGUGACGAUAGGAUGGAAAUAAACUGAGCUUUAUUACAGUCCAUAGCUGUAGCACUUAGCUUUCAGGCAGAAAACUCUUUGUUAUAACUUUUCCACUCUGUUUUUCACUGUGUCAGAGGGUAGUGAUUGGUUAGUACAAGUAGUGCUAACAGGGGAAACUGUACUUUGUCAUGUCAUCAUGCAGGGUUUCUUUUUAAUAAACAGAUUAACAUCA